GAAUAAAAGAAAAAAAAGUUUCAUUCAGGCCAGCCUAAGAUUGGACGCUGGAACCUGCAGUUCUGACAUCAACACUAAAUGCUGUACACCAGGCACAAGAUAUUGUAAUGGGAUGGAUUGUAAUGGAUCUCACUUAUGUACUCAUUUCAUGCUACUUAUUACAGUUUCCUGGUCCUGUGCUUUUAUUCUCAUCCGGAAUGGAGCUGCCCAGUGAGGUCUCUUGCUGGAAGUAUAGAAACACACACACCUGUAAUUCAGACUAUUUAAGAGCUUGCAAGACCUUGCUUGAACUGUAUUCCACUUUCCUGGUGAAGCCUCAGCAAUCAUUACCACAACUAAAGUCAAACCGAGGGCUACUUAAUGUCCAGGACAUUCUGCCUGGCCUGAGUAGAGCAGAUGGAUGUUAAAGACAUCCAUACUGAAUAUCAGACUUAUUUCACUUACUAACCCAUCCGUUUGGUUUCUGGGAGGAGCCAAAAGAGUGAUGGUGGAUACAGCACACAUCUCAGCAAAUACUAAAGUUGUUACUAAAAUGCUGUGUAGGUCAUAUCAGCAACUAAAUGUGAUGAAAUCUAAGAAAUUCAAGGAAACUCUCUACUUUUUGCUUGGCCAGUGAUGAAGUUUAUGUGUUUUUUUUUAGUAUACUGGACUACAGUGACCUCUAGGACUCUACACACACAUUAUUUUUUUCUGUAAUAGCUAACAUUGAAACAAACAGAAAGAUAUUUCUUCUCUUUCUUCAACAAUUCAAUAUAUAUAUAUAUAUAUACUGUAUAUACACUACCGGUCAAUAGUUUUAGAACACCCCAAUUUUUACAGUUAUUUAUUGCAAUUCAAGUCAUUCAAGUCCAAUGAAUAGCUUGAAAUGGUACAAAGUUAAGUGGUGAACUGCCAGAGGUUAAAAAAGGUAAGGUUACCCAAAACUGAAAAAUAAUGUACAUUUCAGAAUUAUACAAAAAGGCCUUUUUCAGGGAACACAAAAUGGGUUAAAAAAUUAAAGCUGUUCUGCAGCAAUGAAGGUUGAUCAAGCCUUGAAAGCUGGUGCUACUAAUUCCUACAGGUGUUACAACAUUUCUGGAUUACUUACAACCCCCUCUGUCUGCAUAAAAGCAGUGUUGGAACACACUGUGGUACCAUACCCUCGUGAGCAUCAGUUGAACAGUAUUGUACUGCAGAAAGUAGUGUUGCUACAAAAAUGGCGAAAAAAAGGCAAUUAACAAUGGAAGAGAGACAGACCAUCAUAACACUUAAAAAUGUAGGUCUUCGCUACAGAGAAAUUGCAAAGAAAGUCAAGGUGUCAGUGAGUACAGUUUCCUUCACCAUCAAAGGCACUCAGAAACUGGGGCAAACUCUGACAGGAAGAGGUCUGGCAGACGCAAAGCCACAACUGAAUCAGAGGAUAAAUUUCUGAGAGUUAACAGCUUGCAUGAUAGGCAGCUCACAGGACAACAGCUUCAAGUACAGCUUAAUAGUGGUCGUAGUAAGCAAGUCUCAGUUUCAACUGUGAAGAGAAGACUUUGAGCUGCAGGUUUGACAGGACGAGUUGCAGCAAGAAAGCCAUUGCUAAGAUGUCAGAAUAAGACAAAGAGGCUUGCCUGGGCCAUGAAACACUGCCAUUGGACUACUGAAGACUGGAAGAAGGUAUUAUGGACUGAUGAAUCAAAAUUUGAAAUCUUCGGUUCAUCACGCAGGAUCUUUGUACGCCAUCGAGUAGGCGAAAGGAUGGUUCCACAGUGUGUGGCAUCAACUGUCAAACAUGGAGGAGGAAGUGUGAUGGUCUGGGGCUGUUUUGCUGGAUCCAGGGUCGGUGACUUGUACAGAGUGAGAGGCACCCUGAACCAAAAUGGCUACCACAGCAUUCUGCAGCGCCAUGCAAUACCCUCUGGUAUGCACCUAGUUGGUCAGGGGUUCAUCCUACAGCAAGAUAAUGACCCAAAACAUAAGUCCAAGCUAUGCCAGAACUACCUCAGGAAAAAAGAACAAGAUGGUAAGCUUGAAAACAUGGAGUGGCCAGCACAGUCUCCAGACUUAAACCCCGUCGAGCUGGUUUGAGAUGAACUGGACAGAAGAGUGAAAGCAAAGCAACCUACAAGUGCCUCACAUUUAUGGGAACUUCUGCAACAGAUUUGGGGAGAACUUUCUGAAGAAUAUUUGAUUUCUGUUGUAGAAAGAAUGCCAUGAGUGUGUUCAGCUGUUAUAUCUGCCAAAGGUGGCUACUUUGUUGAGUCAAAAGUUUAGAAUACAUUUUGGUCUAUCAACUGAUUCCAUGAUUUCUUUUUUAACUCCAAUUGCUUAUUUGUACUAUGCUUUCAUUUCAGAGUGCAAUGAGACAUUAAACUGAAUAAUUUUCAAUAAAAAACUGGAAAAAUUGGAGUGUUCUAAAACUUUUGACCGGUAGUGUAUUUCCCUGGAUGACUGAUUAAAACCGGUGAGCGUCAUGAGUUCAAGGGGCUCGGGGUUGGGCUCGGGGAUUAGCCGGUGCUCAUGACUAGGAACUCAGUGAACUCAGCCCUUAAAAUGGACGAACGCAUGAGACGCAGCUAUGGCACAGAAACAUUGGACAGCAGGCUACUGUUUGGAGAAACAUCUGCCUGGAAUCGACUGAUCAACCUUGCUGUCGGUGGAAUUACGUCUCUUUUAGUGAUUGUAACCAUCAUCAGUUCAUUUGUCUUUCCUACACCUGCUCCGAAUGCUCUGAACAUCUUCUUUGGGAUCUGCAUCAUCAUGAUCUGCUCCUCAGUGUUGGUUCUGAUAUUUUGGUAUCGCCAAGGCGACCUGGAGCCCAAAUUCAGACACCUUAUCUAUUACACCUUAGCCUCAAUUGUCCUGCUUUGUUUAUGUGCAAACCUUUACUUUCAUGAUGUUGGGAGAUAAGCGUUCUUAAUACACAUAUAUCCAAUGUUUUUCAUCUUUUUCACAUGUUGCACACUGAAC